AUGGCCGAUUCGCACUCACUUCAAUUUCCGGUGAAGCAGGUUAAUUUUGGUAAUACUAGUCUUUCCAUCUCACCUAUAGUAGUUAACUGCAAACUCAUUGAAGUAAAGACCGUAGACUCAUUUCAAGAGAAGGAUAAAGAUGAACUUCUUCCCAUGUUAAAAUACUGUUACGAUACAGGGCUUCGUACAUUUGAUGCGAAUGAAGAUAAUGGGGUAUUAUUAGGAGAAUUUUUACAGAACUAUGAAAUUGAUCGCAAGGAUGUUGUUAUAAUAAGCAAGAUGGACAUACCUGCACCAUACGAUUUAGAAUUUCUGGAAGCUAAAGAGGCAAAAUUGACUGAGCAAGAAGGUUAUCUACGCAAUUAUAUCUUCAAAAGUGUCAAAGAAUUACUUAAUGGAGUAGGGACGUAUAUCGAUAUUUUACAGAUUGCCAGUUUUGAUGCUGAUCUACCCAAGGCGGAACUCUUAAACGCCCUCAAUGAAUUAGUUGAUAGAAGUGAAGUUCUUUACACAAGUGCUCCCCCAAUGAAUAUUUCACAGUUCACCGAAUGGCAACAGAUUGCAGAUCUUCAUCAUUGGACCAAAUUUGUCAGCUGGCAAUUAGACUACAAUUUAUUACACACACCAGAAGAGAAGCAGAAGAUAGAAUUUUCCAAGAGUCAGGGGCUUGGACUUCUCUCAUGGGUCCCCUCGGAUGGAGGACUCGGCGGGAAAAUUGUUAAAAGUAUAGGUGAACCAGCAUGUCCGCAACGACUGUCAGGGCUGAUGGAUCUUAAAAAUAUAAACACGAGACAACAAGAAGCAUACCACUCUUUACAGGCACUUUCAGACAGGAAAAAAAGACCUCGAGCAGCAAUAGUGGCGGCUAGGGCUCUAAGUAUUGGUUGCUACCCUAUCGUCGGAUGCAGUUCUGUUAAAGAUGUGAACCAAGCUAUCAUGGCUAUCGCUACACAUUUAACACCAGAAGAAUUCAAAAUACUAGAACUUCAUCUGGAUUGA